AGCAUGUGUGCAUGCAUGGGCAAGCGGCCAUGUCCACUGGGGCAGGUGGGUGUGCAUUGUACAAGUUCUAGAGUGACCCACAGUAUCACCUGACAGUGUUUGCAUAUGAGCGUGUGUUUAGGUAGACAUAUGAGUGUGCCUCGGUGUGAGCCCAUGUUCCAGCACACACCUGCAGGCCAGGAAGUGCGCACACACUGAUGUUCAUGCAUAUGCUGGUAACUGUGAAAGGGUGCACACACACAGUGACUCCCUGUAGCCUGUGUAUCCACAUGCUUGCCACUCACACCAUGGGCCUGUAUUCCCUGUCACCUCCUGGGGACAGGAAUGAGGCCCAUCCCUGGGCUGCGCCGGAAAGAGAAGGACAACCACCUGGACAGGGUUGGAGGGGAGGUCUCCUUAAUGCCCCUGAGCUAACCCGCCAGGCGCGGGGAAUGCUGGGAGCUGGCAGGAAAGAGGAAGUGGCGGCCCAGAGGCCCUGGCAGGGCUGAGGUCCAGGAAGAGGGUGGGGCCCUCAGCAGGGACCCAGGAUGGCGGAGGGUGAUCCCCCUUCGGAGCAGGAGCUGGAGAGCGAGCCCUGGUCCCUGCUGGAGCACCUGGGCCUGGCAGGUGCGGACCUGGCGGCGCCCGGGGUGCAGCAGCAGCUGGAGUUGGAGCGGGAGCGGCUGCGGCGUGAGAUCCGCAAGGAGCUGAAGCUGAAGGAAGGUGCAGAGAAUCUGAGGCGUGCAGCCACUGACCUGGGUCGAGGCCGGGGCCCCGUGGAGUUGCUGCUGCGUGGCUCUGCGCGCCGCCUGGACCUGCUGCACCGCCAGUUGCAGGAGCUGCACGCGCACGUGGUGCUGCCUGAGCCCACUGCUGGCCAGGAUGUCCCCCAGUCCCCAGGUGCAGGCAGCUCCACCUGCUUGGCUACCAACCUGAGCCGAGUGGCCGGCCUGGAGAAGCAGUUGGCCAUCGAGCUGAAGGUGAAGCAGGGUGCAGAGAACAUGAUCCAGACCUACAGCAAUGGCAGCACCAAGGACCGGAAGCUGCUGCUGACGGCCCAGCAGAUGUUACAGGACAGCAAGACCAAGAUUGACAUCAUCCGCAUGCAGCUCCGUCGGGCCCUGCAGGCCGGCCAGCUGGAGAGCCAGGCAGCAUCGGACGAGGCCCCAGGGGGUCCAGACCUGGGAGCAGUGGAGCUGCGCAUCGAGGAGCUUCGACAUCACUUCAGAGUGGAGCACGCUGUCGCCGAGGGCGCCAAGAACGUUUUGCGCCUGCUCAGUGCGGCCAAGGCCCCAGACCGGAAGGCCGUCAGUGAGGCCCAGGAAAAGUUGACCGAGUCCAACCAGAAGCUGGGGCUGCUGCGCGAGGCACUGGAGCGCAGGUUGGGGGAGCUGCCCGCCGACCACCCGAAGGGGCGGCUGCUUCGUGAGGAGCUGGCCGCGGCCUCAUCAGCCGCCUUCAGCGCGCUGCUGACUGGGCCCUUCCCUGCCGCACAGUACAGCACGUUGUGUAAGCCGGCGCCGCUCACAGGGACUCUGGAGGUACGUGUGGUGGGCUGCAGGGAUCUUCCAGAGAACAUCCCCUGGAACCCCUUGCCCUCGGGGACACCUGGGACUCCUGACAGCCGCACCCCCUUCCUGAGCCGCCCAGGCCGGGGCCUCUACAGUCGGAGUGGAAGCCUCAGUGGCCGAAGUAGCCUCAAAGCAGAAGCUGAGAACACAGGUGAGGUCAGCACUGUGCUGAAGUUGGAUAACACAGUGGUGGGACAGACUUCCUGGAAGCCAUGUGGCUCCAGCACAUGGGACCAGAGCUUCACAUUAGAGCUGGAGCGGGCCCGGGAGCUGGAGCUGGCUGUGUUCUGGCGGGACCAACGGGGUCUGUGUGCCCUUAAGUUCCUGAAACUGGAAGAUUUCCUGGACAAUGAACGGCAUGAGGUGCAGCUGGACAUGGAGCCGCAGGGCUGCCUGCUGGCCGAGGUAUGGCCAGCCACAUGGGUGCUUCAGAGCGGCUCCGAGCUCAGCAGGAAGCACUCUCACUCGAUCACAGUCAUGGCAGAGGUCACCUUCCACAACCCUGUCAUUGAGAGGAUCCCCCGACUCCAGAGGCAGAAGAAAAUCUUCUCCAAGCAGCAAGGGAAGGCGUUCCAGCGUGCCAGGCAGAUGAACAUCGAUGUCGCCACGUGGGUGCGGCUGCUGCGAAGGCUCAUCCCCAAUGCCACAGCCACGGGCACCUUCAGCCCUGCGGCUUCUCCAGGACCCGAGGCCCGGCCUGUGGGGGACAUUUCAGUGGAGAAGCUGAGCCUUGGACCCGACCCCGACAGCUCCGCGCAGAAGAACCCUUCAGGGCAGCUGUCCAGAGCAUCCAGCCUGGGUUCCCCAAGCCAGGCAAUGGCCACUGUUCCUAAGCUGCCUUCAGAGACCCAGGAGACCCCAGGCCCCAGCCUGUGCAGCUCUCUAAGGAAGUCACCUCUGACCCUGGAGGACUUCAAGUUCCUGGCGGUGCUGGGCCGGGGUCACUUUGGGAAGGUGCUGCUCUCUGAAUUCCGCCCCAGCGGGGAGCUCUUUGCCAUCAAGGCUUUGAAGAAAGGGGACAUAGUGGCCCGGGACGAGGUGGAGAGCCUGAUGUGUGAGAAGCGGAUCCUGGCGGCAGUGACCAGUGCGGGCCACCCCUUCCUGGUGAACCUGUUCGGCUGCUUCCAGACACCAGAGCAUGUGUGCUUCGUGAUGGAGUACUCGGCUGGUGGGGAUCUCAUGCUCCACAUCCACAGCGACGUGUUCUCUGAGCCUCGUGCCAUCUUCUACUCGGCCUGCGUGGUGCUGGGGCUGCAGUUCCUCCAUGAACACAAGAUUGUCUACAGGGACCUGAAGCUGGACAAUCUGCUCCUGGACACCGAGGGCUAUGUCAAGAUCGCCGACUUUGGCCUCUGCAAAGAGGGCAUGGGUUAUGGGGACCGGACCAGCACAUUCUGCGGGACCCCCGAGUUCCUGGCCCCUGAGGUGCUGACAGACACAUCCUACACUCGUGCUGUGGACUGGUGGGGCCUGGGUGUGCUGCUCUACGAGAUGCUGGUGGGUGAGUCCCCAUUCCCUGGGGAUGAUGAGGAGGAGGUGUUCGACAGCAUUGUCAACGAUGAGGUUCGCUACCCCCGUUUCCUGUCAGCUGAGGCCAUUGGCAUCAUGCGAAGGCUCCUUCGCAGGAACCCAGAGCGGAGGUUGGGGUCCAGCGAGCGCGAUGCCGAGGAUGUAAAAAAGCAGCCCUUCUUCAGGACCCUGGGCUGGGACGUACUCCUGGCACGCCAACUGCCACCACCGUUCGUGCCCAAGCUCUCCGGGCGCACAGAUGUCAGCAACUUCGAUGAGGAGUUCACGGGGGAGGCGCCCACGCUCAGCCCGCCCCGAGACGCGAGGCCCCUGUCUGCUGCUGAGCAGGCCGCCUUCCGGGACUUCGACUUUGUGCCCGGGGGCUGCUAGCACCCACUCCACCCACCUAGAGUUCUUAGUUUUUAAAAAUGCCUUUGGGGUUCGCCCCGUCCUUGCAUCCUC